AUGGCUCUCACACACGGUGCCUGUGACCCCGCUUUCAGCCCCGUGCGUGACCUCCUUCAAGAAAAAUUGACCUCAGGAGAGGAAGUGGGUGCCUCGAUUUGCGUUAACGUGGACGGAAAAACGGUCCUCGAUAUCUGGGGCGGCCAUGCAGAUGCCGCCAAGUCACGCUCCUGGGAAAAAGACACCCUGGUCAUCGUCUUCUCAUCUAGCAAGAUAGUCAGUGCUCUAGCUGCGCUGAUCCUCGUGGAUCGUGGUCUACUGGAUGUGGAGGAGAAAGUGUCAAAAUACUGGCCGGAGUUCGCGGCCAACGGCAAAGAAGACACGAAAGUGUGGCACAUCCUCGGCCACUCUUCUGGUCUACCCCACUGGGACAAGCCGCUCUCCAUGGAAGCGAUUUACGAUACAAAAGCUUCAACUGAGAUGCUCGCUGAGCAGGCUCCGUGGUUCAAGGCUGGAGAGGUGUCUGCAUACCAGCUGGUAAACCAUGGACACUUAAUUGGUGAGCUGGUCCGACGCAUUAGCGGCAAGUCCUUGAAACAGUUUGUUGCAGAGGAGAUCGCGGGGCCGCUGGGCGCCGAUUUCAGUCUCGGACUCGCCGAAGAGAAUUGGCCGCGUACGGCCGAUAUCAUCCCUGGUGAUCUUGUGGAUCUUCCAGAGUUUGAUCCGCAAAGUGUUGUGGGUAAGGUCUAUGGAAACAUUACAUUGAAGGCCGAGGAUUCUCAGACACCCGGAUUUAGGGGUGCUGAGAUCGGUGCCGUGAAUGGGUUUGCAAAUGCGCGUGCGCUGGCUCGAAUUGGUUCAAUGGUGUCCUUGAAAGGAACAGUCGAUGGCAAGCAGUAUCUUCGGCUGAAGACUAUCGACCAAAUGAUUCAGGAACGGGUUAGUGGUGUUGACUUAGUGUUGUUUAUGAAAGCCAGAUUUGGACUUGGAGUUGGCCUUCCGGUGCCAGAAGUUAUAACCUUCAUCCCCAAAGGAAACAUCUGCUUCUGGGGAGGUUGGGGUGGAUCUAUGCUCGUCAUGGAUUUAGAUCGUCGCAUGACUAUUGCGUAUGCCAUGAACAAAAUGGGACCAGGGAUUAUGGGCAAUGAGAACGCGAAGGCGUACAUCGAUGCGAUUUAUGAGAUUAUGGGGGACAGAAAACGUUCUGUGUCCCUGUAA